AUGGUGCGAGAACGCGGUGAAGCGCCGGCCACGUCCGGGGUACCGUCACUCUCGGAGAAAAUCAAGGAGAUUGGCUUUGGCCUCUACCAGGUCCAUGUCUUUGUGCUUUGCGCAGGCGUGGUGGUGGCAGAAGCAGCCGGCAUGCAAACCUCAGCAGCCUUGUCGUCUGCCAUUAUGAAGGAGUUCAAUGUGAAAGGGGACCUUGCUCAGGAGGCUCAGAUGCUCUCCACCUACAUGGGUUUUGCGCUGGGCACCAUCAGCUCAGGCUCCUUGGGCGAUUAUGCCGGGCGACGGCUGCCGAUCAUGGUGGCAUACUGUGGCAUGUGUGGCUCACUGCUAGGCCUUUACUUCCUGUCCAGCUAUGCCUCCUUGUGCAUAGGCUUCAGCUCCUUUGGCUUCUUUGCCGGACUGGGCAUCCCUGCUGCCUUCAUCGCUCUGGCCGAGGUCUGCCCCACUCGUCUGCGUGGCGUCACCAACGCGGCGAUGUCGUUGGCCUUCUGCUGUGGAGAUUUGUGGUGUGCGCUGGGCUUCCAGCUUCUAUUGCCGGACUUAGUGGGAAAGCACUGGCGCCAGGUGCUCUUGUGGAUCGGCAUCCCUCCGUGCUUGUUAUUGGCCUUCGGGCUGUUAAGUCCCGUGGCCCGCGUGGACACCGCCUACUUCUUGGCCGCACGUGGUCAAGUGGAGUCAGUGAAGGCUUUAGAGCUCAUGGCGAGUAUGAAUGGCAAGAGGGAUCAACGUCUCAUGGUGUCGGAGUCUGAAGACCAGACACAGAGGAAGUGCUUCAAAGCAACGAGCUUGGUUUGGGGCCUCAUUGCCAGCAAUUUGUUGUUGCUGAGCGUAGUUUUGUGGCUUGAGACCGGGUCACAGACCUCCGCGAAUGCUCUACCGGAUCAUGAUCUCUUGCUCCCCUUGCUGCCCGAGAUCCAGCACCGCGCCUUGUGGGAUGUGAACUUAUUCGAUCAUCCGGAUGAGCCUUAUGCAAACUACCCCACCGAGGCCAAGAUCGUGACCACCAGCUGUGUGAUCGACACCGUCCAAGCGGCCACUUAUUUGGGCAAAGCGGUGGUGAACAUUUACCGUGCCGAGAUUUGCCCCGAUGACGAACCACUGGGCUGCACGGCACCAGUGGCUCAUACAAUCACAUCCUUCAUUUGGGUCAUGGCCUUUCUCACCAGCGCAGCCUCCACCUGCACAGCCACACUUGAUCAGGCAGGCUCCUGUGUGGCGGCUAUUAUGAGAGAUUUGGCGACAGCGGGCUCCACGAUCUAUGGCUUCGAUGAAGAUUGUUUCCUCACACAUCCGAGAGACACCAGCUGGAGAGUGUUCCAGAGGUGGUGGAAGCAUCUGGCCAAGCCAGAGAAGCGACGUUUGCGAGGCACGGACAGCAGCCCGGAACAGUUCAGCGAGCCUGGGCCUGCGGCCCGGGACCUUCCGAUGUCCAGAAACAUCUCGGCUUACAGAAGAAAGUCUUCUGAGAUAGCAGAACGACUGCGAAACCUCGCCGGUCCGGGUUCUGCCGGUGGUCGUGCCAUACUCCCGAAUGUCCUCUUCGAUGCACAGACCAAAGGACUGCCCCGUGAUUUGGUGAGCGCUUACCAGAAAGUGAAAACCAUUGAUGCGAAGCACAAGUAUAAGACUGAGCGCGACUUUGCACUGGCGAACUGCGUGUUUGACAGUGUGGCGGCCGUCACUUGGAUCACACGUGCUCUUUUGUCCAUUGAGGAAGCGGCACGAAACUGUCCUGCUCCAAAGGCAUGCGCGGUUGAUAUCUUGUAUGUAAUUGGCGCUUUUUCCUAUGGUGCGCAGGUCCUGUCGCUGGCUUUUGUGGAUUGCCCCAAGCGUGGCAAGCGAGAGGCUCUUUGUGGGGCUGACGUCACAGAUGUGAUUGGUUCAAUGUCCAUUUUUGUCGCCUCAACAUUACAGGCUGCUGAGUAUUGUGAUGCAACCUUCAAGCGCCUGCCCAGUACUUCCAGUGCUCGCUAG